UCCCGCCCUCUCGCUGCGCUCGGCUGAGUCAGUCAGUCUGUCGGAGUCUGUCCUCGGAGCCGGAGGAGCGAAGGGGCUUCUGAGAGCUUGCUGCUCGAUAAUUUUCUUUCCCCUCCCUCUCUCCCGCCCCACAUCUCUCUUCACCCCUUUCCUGCCCUUGCUCGCGCAGCCAUGGCGGAACCGUCGGCGGCCACUCAGUCCCCGUCCGUUUCCUCGUCGUCCUCCGGGGCCGAACCCUCAGCGCCCGGCGGCGGGAGCCCUGGAUCCUGCCCCGCCCUGGGGGCGAAGAGCUGCGGCUCCUCCUGUGCGGUGCACGAUCUGAUUUUCUGGCGAGAUGUGAAGAAGACUGGGUUUGUCUUUGGCACCACACUGAUCAUGCUGCUCUCCCUGGCAGCUUUCAGUGUCAUCAGUGUGGUUUCUUACCUCAUCCUGGCUCUUCUCUCUGUCACCAUCAGCUUCAGGGUCUACAAGUCUGUCAUCCAAGCUGUACAGAAAUCAGAAGAGGGCCAUCCGUUCAAAGCCUACCUGGAUGUAGACAUUACUCUGUCCUCAGAAGCUUUCCAUAAUUAUGUAAAUGCUGCCAUGGUGCACAUCAACAGAGCCCUGAAACUCAUUAUUCGUCUCUUUCUGGUGGAAGAUUUGGUUGACUCCUUGAAGCUGGCUGUCUUCAUGUGGCUUAUGACCUAUGUUGGUGCCGUUUUCAAUGGAAUCACCCUUCUGAUUCUUGCCGAACUGCUCAUUUUCAGUGUCCCCAUUGUCUAUGAGAAAUACAAGACCCAGAUUGAUCACUAUGUUGGCAUCGCCCGCGAUCAGACCAAGUCGAUUGUUGAAAAGAUACAAGCAAAACUCCCUGGAAUCGCAAAAAAGAAGGCAGAAUAAGUACAUGGGAACCAGAAAUGCAACAGUUACUAAAACACCACUUAAUAGUUAUAACGUUAUUACUUGUACUAUGAAGGAAGUGCUCAGUGUCAGCUCGAGCCUGCAUUCCAAGCUUCUUUUUCUUAAUUUGGUGUUUUCUCCCCUCCUUUCCCUUUACCCUCAGUAUCAAGCACAAGAAUUGUUGGACUAAAAAAAGAACUGAUAUCUUAGGACCCAAAAGAAUAAAGAGAGAGUCAAAUUAAUAGGAUAAAUCAGUACCUUAAUGGUGGUGGAGCUUUUACUUGUAGCUUGAAAAGGGGAGAGAUUGGAGGUCAAGGAGAAAAUGAAAGAUAAAGCACUGCUCUUGGACUCUGCUAUCCAGUUCUCAAGGACUAGUCUUACACAGCUUCCCAUCAGAGUUUUACCCUUAUUUUUAAGUUAAAUAAUGAUUAACUUAUGAGGAAAUUAUCUGGGGACAAGAGUGGGAUUCCUUACCAUGGGGUUUCUGGCAGCCCUCUGAUCCCAUCUUCCUGCCCCACAAUGUGAGCAGCUACUCCUAAUAUUCUUCUUCUUCACGUAAUGCUAUAACUUCCAACUCUAUGAAUAACCCGUAGGUGAUAAGUUCCUGAUUCCCAGAAUGCCAUCUGGGAACCAAGAAUGGAAAUGGAAGGUGGGGCUGGGACGACCCUCCCCUCCUGCUCACCCCUAAGAAAGGAAAGUCUCUGCCAUUUGGGAGGGUGGCGCCUGCGUCUAUUCUCAUAGGCACCAGUUCCGAGCUUUAGUUUGAGAACUCAUUCCUGAAUGUGCUUUCCUCCCUCUUCCCUGCCCACCUCACCUCGAGUUUAAUAAAUAUGGUUGUACUUUUCUUAUUAUGAAAUAAAUGUCUGUAACUGCUGUACACUGCUGUAAACUUGUUAGAGAAAAAAAUAAUUUGCAUGUGGGCUCCUCAGUUGUUGAGUUAUUGUAAUCCUGUCUCAGUCCAUGGUGGGGGGAACAUUCUCAAGAGGUGAAUACAGAAACAUAAAAGGCCUUUUUUGCUUUUAUCUUUUCUCCGCAGCUUCCUCCUUCACAUGCUACAUCUUCAACUUAUGCUCAUCAUUGUAUCCUAAGGACCAAAGCCAAGCUGGCUUGAGAGGAGAUUUUGUGUGUGUUUGUGGUUAAGAGACCACAAAUUAGUGUAAGAAAGUAUGUUCUGUGGUUCAUACGGAGUUUUAACUUUGAGGCUAGCUUAUGGGUGUGUGUUAUGUUUUGAGGGUUCCUUUCAUCCUCAGGCACAUUAAAUGUCUCAGCACCUCUGUCCUGGCCCAGGGUGCUCCUUUUGAGUGUUUUCCAAGAAGUGUUAGGUGAGGGCGACCAGGCAGGACCAGAUUGUGUGGAUGGGCUCCGUGUGCAAUUAAAAGAUAAACAGAACAACCCAGACAGACAUCAGAUGGAGGGGGGUCGGGAAUCUGAUUCCUGUUGAGACAAGUGUCUUUCUCCCUUUCCAACAUGAAAAUUCAGUCGACUUGAAAGAAGUCAUCUGUGAGUUCCUUCAGGUUGUAAAACUUGGUGUCAUGGUAAUCCAGAGGGAACGUGUGCUGGUGACUUUAAAGUAAGGGCUACAGUCUUUGACGGUCCCAAAGCACUGCAACUCUGUAGAAGGUAGUGGAAGUUUUCUUUCUACUGUUUUGGAAAAGUGACUUCAGCCAUUUAGAUGGGUAAAAGGUACCCUUGCCUUACUCCAUUUUCCUAUUUACUUAGCUCCCUUUCCUUUUUAACGUUUAAGCUGAUUUCACAUUGUCCAUCCUAUCUUAUGCCCUCCCAAGUAGUCAGUGCACUGAUCGACUUUUUGGGCUUCCCCUCCAAAGGACUCUUUUCUGCGCUGGAAGCCUCCACACCUAGCUCUUUUGUUUUGUUACUGCUGUGUUUAGGUAAUUGGACAGAUCUUUGUGCCACACAGGAGUUUUUGUUUUUGUUUUUUAAGAAAAACCUAUAGAUGAACUAUUACUAAUGAAACUGUGUGCGUGUACGUGCGUGCAACAUAAAGAUACAGUAGCACCUAAGGAACUUGAAUCUUGGUUCCUGUAAAACUGCAAACUGAUGUGGUAUUAAUUAAAA